AUCUGACAGUUGGUCACGUGACGUCAGACUAGCUUCCGUGUUGACAGAGCUGCUGCUUUUGUUGCUGCCCCGUGUUGAGUUUCUAAAGAGGAUGCGGUGCCGCCGCCGCCGACAUGGCUUUUUUUAAGACGCAAGAGCGAACCAAAGAACGGUUUUCUCUCUUGUUGCUGGACCUGGAGGAAUAUUACUUUGAGCAGCACACUGGUUACCACCUGAUCAGCAAUUCAAGAAAAGAGAAAAAAACCCGAGGGUCCAUUAAGGUUUGCUCCAGAUCUAUCAUAUUUGAGCCUGACAGUCAUUCAGAGCCGAUCCUAAAGGUUCCUCUGCGAGACUGUCAGAACAUUGAGUCUGUGGAGAAAGAAAACAAUCCGUUCAAUGAUCCUAAACCUCCGGUCAUCACAGUUUCAUGUGAACAGGUGAUUUUCAUCAAGGAAAGCAACGUCAUAGCGCCUUACAGAAAUGAAAGGGGAUCAAAAAAAUUAACCUUUGAAUUAGAAACUUGGAGUAAAACAGAAGAUGUGGUUCAGACAUUAAUGCAGCUCCACAGGGCUUCCUGUCUGGACAAACUAGGAGACCAGACUGCCAUGAUUGCUGCUAAUCUGCAGUCCAGACUGGCAAGGACGUCAUUUGAUAAGAACUGUUUUCAGAGUGUUGCAGAGAAUCCCCACAUGGAGUGUGCUGUAGAGAUGGUGACGCCUCUUGUGUCCAAUCCCGGCCAUGUCUGCGUUACAAAUGAAAACCUUUACUUCCAGCCUCUUAAUGGACAUCCGCAGCAUGUGAUCCAAAUCAGACUGAAUGAAGUCAGGAGAAUCUACAAAAGAAGGCAUGGUCUCAAACCUUUGGGGCUGGAGGUGUUCUGUAGUGAGAAUAACCUUUGCUCAGACAUCUACCUGAAGUUCUACGACCCAGCCGACAGAGAUGAAAUCUACUACUACAUCGCUACCUUCCUGGAGAACCAUGUUAAGGAGCACACAGCAGAGAGUUACAUGCUGCAGUGGCAAAGAGGGCAUCUCAGCAACUAUGAGUAUCUCCUCCAUUUGAAUAACCUGGCUGACCGCAGCUGCAACGACCUCUCUCAGUACCCCGUCUUCCCCUGGGUCAUAGCAGACUACACCAGCACGCACUUAGACUUAUCAAAAGCAGCCACAUUCAGAGACCUGAGUAAACCCAUUGGGGCCUUGAAUCAAGAGCGGCUUGACAGACUCCUGACCCGGUACAGAGGCAUGCCGGAACCCCGCUUCAUCUACGGAAGUCACUACUCAUCGCCCGGAUACGUCCUGUUUUACCUGGUCAGAGUCGCUCCAGAGCACAUGCUGUGUCUGCAGAAUGGCCGAUAUGACCACGCAGACCGCAUGUUCAACAGCAUCAAUGAAACAUGGAAAAACUGCUUAGAGGGAGCAACUGACUUUAAAGAGCUGAUCCCAGAGUUUUAUGGAAGUGAUUCCAGCUUCCUGGAAAACAAGUUGAAUCUUGAUUUGGGCCGAAGGCAGAAUGGAACCUUAGUUGGUGAUGUUGUUCUUCCUCCGUGGGCCUCAGAUGCAAGUGAUUUUCUUAAAAAGCAGAAGAUGGCUCUGGAGAGCCAGUACGUAUCAGAACACCUUCAUGAAUGGAUUGACUUGGUGUUUGGCUUCAAACAGAAAGGCAGUGAAGCUGUGGCAGCUCAGAAUGUGUUUCACCAUUUGACCUAUGAAGGCGGGAUUGACUGUGACAGCAUUGAGGACACAGAUCAGAGAAUAGCGAUGCUGACGCAGAUCCUGGAGUUCGGCCAGACGCCCAAACAGCUCUUCACCAGCCCACACCCUCAGAGGAUCACACCCAGGCUUCAGAAUAUUACCCGGAGCUCAAGCAUCAACUCCACCGUCAGUGAGCUGUCCCCUGUGUCUCUGUGUGAGGACUCCUCCUUUGAAGACCUGACUGAGGAGAGCAGGAAGAUGGCCUGGGCAAACAUGGGAAAUCUGAAACGGAUCUCCAGCCACAAAAUCCAUAAAGAAGCGGUGACGGGUAUUGCUGUGAGUCGAGAUGGAGCUUCUAUCUUCUCCACAUCUCAAGACUCCACCCUGAAAAUGUUCUCCAAAGAGCUGAAGGAAUUCCAGAGGAGUGUUUCCUUCUCUAACAUGGCUUUAUCCUCAUGCUUGAUGUUGGCUGAUGGCAAAACCGUCAUCUGUUCCUCAUGGGACAACAAUGUCUAUUUCUACUCCAUCCCGUACGGCCGGCGGCAGGACACGUUGAUGGGUCACGAUGAUGCUGUCAGUGACAUGUGUUGGUUUGAUGACAGACUCUAUACGGCAUCCUGGGAUUCCACCGUUAAAGUAUGGCAGUGUUCCUCCAACAACCAGUCCAGUCAUAAAAGAUGCCAGUUUGAGCCGCUGGCUGAAUUGGAGCAUGAUGCUGGGGUAAACUCGGUCAGUCUAAAUCCCACUGGAACUCUGUUGGUUUCUGGUUGUAAAGACGGGUCAGUCACCAUCUGGGACACCAGCAGCUACCAAACCCUUCAGCAGGUCCACUGCCAUGCUGGGACCAUCCACCAUUCAGCCUUCAGCCCUGAUAGCAGACAUGUCCUCAGCGUUGGUGGUGACUCCUGUAUGAAGGUCAUAGAUGUUCAGACUGGAAUGGUCAUCUCAUCCGUUAAGGCUGAAGAAGAGCAGAGAUGUUUCUGCUGGGAUGGGAGCUCUGCGCUCUGUGGAGGACAGUCAGGUGACCUUCUGCUAUGGGACCUGCUCAGCAAUACAGUUAUCAACAGGAUCCCUGCACAUUCAGGUGCUGUCACAGCUAUGUGGAUGAAUGAGCUCUGCAACACGGUCGUCACAGGCGGAGAGGACAAACAGAUCAUGUUCUGGCGGCUGCAGAGUUAAAGUUUCUCUCUCUGCAGCAGCAGGGAACUAAAUGUCCAGUGCAAUACGUGGUUCGUCUAAGUGCAGUGUUUCCUUGAGAUCAGGAAGUAAAAAGAACGCCAUUGCCUUAUUUUCAGUUCUUUUAGCCUGUUCUUCAUGCAUGAAUGUGUGGAUUUUAUUUUUUGCUUUAUAUUGUAUGUUGGAAGAGCUGUAAACCCAAGGAGAAAAGUCUGUCUAUCUAAUAGAAUGGAUGUAAAUAGUUUGAGUUUUUUUUAUUAUUAUUAAGAAUAAUGUUUCUAAUUCCAAUGCUAAUGCGCUUUUUAUUAUUGGAAGCGACCCAGUGAGUCUGUCAGAGGUUUAUGUUUCUCGAUUGUUGCUACAGAAACACAGAUGACCUGUAAAAGUUAUGUUUUCCAGUUCUUUUCUUUUUAACUCCGCUUGAAUGAUAAAAGGAACCAUAUGAAAAAUAUUUGAGGGACUUUCAUUAUUUUGUACUAUUCAGUCAUUGAAUCACUUUAAUUUUUAAAUCAUUCUAGAAUGAUUAAAUGAGUGAAAACAAGAUAAUUUACAAGAAAAUCCUUCGGGGGGAGGCAGUCUGUGGUAAAGUGUUAACUUGUCUCUGAAGCUGCCUAAUUAACCUUCAUCAAGUCUUUAAUAUUCUAAGAACCAUUUCAGAGAAAAAAACAAAACAAUGAAAGCUGCAAGUGAAGGAAAUGUGCAAUAUUUAGAACAAACCAUCCCUUUUCUAGACAUUAAUUUGCUCUUGCAGACAGACAUCCAUACAAAAUAACGCAAUUAAGAGAUUAAAAAUACAUUUUCCCAGGCUUUUUUAUCGAUUUUUAUUCUAUUCAACAACUGAUUCAUCAAAAAACAAACAUGUAUGUUUGGUAAAACAUUUACAAGCACUUGUGUGAAGCAUGCUGCAGAUUCCAUUUUUCAGUAGAAUAACAGCAUACGAAAAUACUAAUGCAAUUGCAUGAUAUACAGUUACACUGUCAAAAAGCUGUGCACCUUUAUGCUAAAUGCAUAAAGUAAAACCACAGUAUAUGAAAAGUAGCUAACAAGAUCCAAUCUAACCUGGAAAUAGAGCUAAUCAGUUAGCUUACAACUUGUCAGCUAUCUAGUCAACAUGUCUGCAAUGUAUGGCCUUCACUGUCUUAAAUCUGUUCCUUCACUAGUCCAGCAUUCUAGGAAUUAUCAAUGGAUUUUGCAAUGAACGGAGCUUAUAGCCAAUGCAGCAAAUAUUGUGCAUUAGAGUGAGAUCUGGCAAAGAUGUUUUUUUUUUUUUUUAAUGAACCUGCAUUAAAUCUGAUUCAUCUUGGUUUGAUGACAAGCAAUGUGAAAAUCCCACAGUAUUAGAAACCCUAUGGUUUUAUAAACCAGCAACCUCAAGUUUAGGUGUGAAACUUUUGGAAACACAUUUACCAAAAGCAAACACUGCAGUUCUCUUAUAUGUUGAAAAGGUAAAUCAUGAUCACCUCCUAUUAAGCCGUAAUACAGCUUGACACUUUGAUAAAAAA